AUGCUUAACUUCUUCGUAAUGAGUUCGUUUGCUCCAACGAAAUUAUCAGAAAAUGAAAUUAUCAAUCGUUACGACAACGUCAAUUCCUGUCUCACCGUUCUGAGGCAGCAUCAGGUUGGCGGUCUCGAAUCGGUCACCCCAAACGACAUCUGCAGUGGCCGACUGAAAGCAGUGCUCUCCCUGUUCUUCGCUUUGAGUCGAUAUAAACAGGCGACCAAGCAGAAGGCAGCAGCAGCGGCAGUGGCAGCAGCCAAUGCAGCCGUGACAUCAACCACCGGCUUUAUAACUCACCAUCAGCAGCAACAACAGCAGCAGCAACAGCAAACCAAAGUUGAGAUCCAUGCUCCGCCGGCCGAUAUGACGAACCGACAACUGCCGGUACCGUACACCAAACCGGGGGUCAAUGGGGGCACGGCCAUUCCGCUGCCGGCGACUGUUAUGGUCACCCGGCGAUGUCCACCGGAUAAAGUAAGGCCAUUGCCACCGACCCCGAACCAGCAGACGGGACUUCAUCCGGCUUGCAGAAGCACACCCUCGCUAGCAGCAACGGGGCGUAGGAGGAGCCCAGGCAGGAAUCAGCGCCGGCAGCGGAAGUACCCACACGAUGGCAACAGCUGCCCAGGGAGUCCGCAGCAUAAUGGGACGGCGAUAAUAACGCAGAUCCCCAAAGGAGGCAGCAGCCUCCGACCACCACAGACGACAUGCAAGAUUCCGGCCAGUCCCUAUGCGACCCAAACCAUCGGGACCAACCACAUCAAUAACAACAACAACAGCAGCAACAGCAACCACAACAACAACGUCACCCUAAUCCCGAACGGAAAUGUUACCAACAUUCCCAACCCAACCCAGAAGCAAUCGAUGCUGGAAAAACUGAAACUAUUCAACAGCAAAGAGAAACAGGACAAAACCUCCAAAUCGACCAUUUCCAAGCGGACCAGCUCGAGCAGUGGCUUUUCCUCGGCUCGAAGCGAACGGAGGACUCGAGUCUGA